UCCGGGUAGAUAAACCAACUGUUCUUACUAAACCGCCGAACCCUAGAGAAACGAAAGUUGCAGCGUUUGCAGUUCCAAAGCAAUGUCAGACUACCUUCCCGAAGAAAUCAUACACAAAAUCCUGUUGAAGUUGCCUGUCAAAACCCUAAUCAAAUCCACCCUCGUCUGCAAGUCAUGGAAGUCACUCAUCAAAUCCUCUACCUUCAUUCAGUCCCAUCUCCGCACCACAAUCGACUCCAACGACCAAAACGACUCUCACCUCCUCCUUCUCAGCGCUUCCUCUUACAACCGCAUAGACGAAACUAGUCAUCAGCAUCACUGGUUGCAUUGGGAUAGCCCCGAAUUCGGUGAAUACUCCAUGCUAUCAACUCCAGUCAUUUUCUUGAAAAACAAACCCGUUUCCGAUCUCGGUGUGGUCGGAACUAGUAAUGGGCUGGUAUGCCUUGAGGCUGAUCAGUUCUAUAGUGAUCGUUCUCCCACCUUGAUUUGGAACCCAUCUAUUAGAAAAGUUGUCAUGUUGCCUACACCACCUGUCUGUUUUACCUCCACCAAGUAUGACAAGUACACAACGCAUGGCUUUGGCUAUGAUGUACAUUCCAAUGACUACAAGAUUUUAAGAGUUGUGACUCUUCUUGAUGAUCAUUCAGACUUGUCCCGGUUUGCAACCGCGGUUCAGGUUUACUCUUUAGCCAGGGGAUCCUGGAAGAGUCUUAGUGCUUCGGUUAUACCUGUGGAUUUGCAGGGUGGUUCCGAACGUCCUGCUUUUGUUAAUGGUAAUUUCCAUACGCUUGAAGCCCGUUUAAGUGUGUAUUACAAUGACCAUUACGAGGAGCACCAUAAGUGUGGCGGAGACUCGUUCAUCGGCACCUUCAAUCUGGCAACUGAAGCAUUUGGCGAGAUAAUGAGACCGGAAGCUUUGCGAGGAGGCAGUUGCUCUAUAUCAAGAUAUGGGGACUCCCUUGCUUUGAUUAAGCAUUUAAUUAUGAUUUCAGAGAUCUAGUUAAUCGCGGUUGUGACAUUUGGGUUAUGAAACCAUAUGGUGUUGCAGAGUCGUGGACUUAUUUGUUCAAUAUAUCUGUGGUUCAGGCUAGUAUAUAUGGUUUUAAAAGAUGUGGGGAAGUUGUGCUAAUGGAGAAUAAUGAGCGUGGUCGGUCAAGAAUGAUUUCGUUCGAUCCUAAGACUAAUCAAGUUAAAGUUUUUGGAACUGAGGAUUAUAUUUACGACUUCAUGGAUUCUUUUGUAGAGAGUCUCGUCUUGCUUGACCACGCCAAUGCCAUUUCUUACCAAGUAGCAAGGACAAAAAAAAUAAGGCGGUGACCAUGAGUAGCAUGACUAGUAUCUCAAUCCUGUGAACUUGAUCUUGAACUUCUCAUCUGAAAUACUGAUUAUAUUAAUUUUCUGUAGCUUCCCUGUUUAGAGAUCCUUGUUGCCAGUGUUUAUAUAUAACUCUUUCUGGUUUUUUUCCGUAGUUCUAGUGUAAGUGUUUAUUCAGCUAAUGUAAACUUAUUUCAAUGUUUGUGAAAAAUGACGAUCGAACUAAGCAUUGAAGUAUUAGAAGUAGCAGUUCACGAAAUACAAAUGUCUGUCAUUUUGCAAUAGUUGAUAUAUACUAGGCAUCUGCAGCAGGGGAAGUAGAACGGCUAACCAAUUCCUUUCCUAAAAGCUAAAACACAGCAAAUUACCUGCUAGCAUCGAGGGUACAAAUGACCUUUCAAACCUUGAAACUAUGCCUCAGUUCUCUUCUAAUGGUUUUUGCAGUUUUCUCCUUGUUUCUUUUAACUAGAUAUCUCUGUAUUGUUGUCCUUGCAUCAGUCUCUUUAUAUAUGUCAUGCUAGCUAGCUUCAUAUGUUAUACAAAGUAAGGUAGCUAAUGACUUCAUCCGUCCGCUUACAGCUCUAUCAAGUUGCAGUUAUAAUAUACCCUCACUUCUCUACUUGAUGAUUAGGUAUAUAUAGCGCUUCUUGAGCAUCUUAAAAAGAAUUCGUUCUUUCCAAUUAUAUUAAUAUCAACUUCUCUCGUGAUAUUAUUAUGUUAUAUGCUGUGAAGAUGAGAAUAAACUAGUGAAGGUACAUACCAGAGACAGUACAUACUCUCAUUGAAGGAAUGAGAGAAUUUUGUUGCCUGCGGUAGCUUUUGGAUCUGAGGUCUAUUCCAAUAAAUGUGUAAGAAG